AAUAGCAUAAGUAUCAGACAUUAAAUAACAGUGACAUAGCGAGAAUUCGAUAUAACUAUUUAUACAUACAACGAUGACGCUCGAGGAGUAUAAAAUAGUGCCUACAAAAGAGGUACUGGAAAAUGGUCCAGAAAAGAAAUCGGUCCCACCCGUGUAUGGUUAUGGAGUGCGACAUGUUCAAGCUUUCUUUAUCUUUGUCACAUACGCACUGGCCUACCUUGCGCGUGCUCAUUUGGGUGUCACUGUAGUAGCAAUGACCGAUGAAAUUAGGAACAUUAAAGAAAAUACUACUAUAGCAAAUGGAACGGAUUUCACUUUUAACAGUGCAUUAAAUAGCAGCGUAACUGAGGAGAGUGUAUGGAAUAUUUAUAGAACGUACCAAUGGCCAAAAUCGACGCAGGAAAUGGUGCUGUCUUCAUUUUUCUUGGGCUAUGCCGUUAUGACAUUUGCAAGUGGGAUAAUUUGUCAGAAAUGGGGUGGUAAGAUACCACUACAAAUUGCUAUGUUUGUUAAUGGAAUAUUAUCGAUACUAUCGCCAUGGAUUGUUGCUUGGGGUGGCUGGAAGGCACUAUCAGUCUGCCGCAUACUGCAAGGACUAUCGCAAGGUGGUAUGCUUCCAGGCAUACACACGUUAUUAGCUAAUUGGGUACCAAUAAGUGAGCGUGGUAGUUUAAGCAGCUACGUUUAUACAGGUUCAGGAUUAGGUACAGUAUUGGGCUUCCAAAUCAGUGGUCUCCUGGCAUCCAGUCGCUUUGGCUGGCCGUCAACCUUCUGGACCAUAGGUGUGCUCUGUCUGCUUGGGUUCACUCUUAUGACUAUAUUCAGUUCUGCUACUCCAUAUGAUCAUAAAACCAUAACGGAGGCAGAAAAGACGUAUAUCAUUGGUGACUCCGGAGAAGGAACGCACACUCAACCUACAAUACCAUGGAAAGCGAUUUUCACAUCAACACCUGUUUGGAGUGCAAUCAUAACUCAUAUUGGGGUUGCUGUUGGCUAUACUUUCUUCUUCAUGCAAGUGCCGACUUAUAUGCAUGCGAUACUUAAAGUAAAUGUUAAAAACAGUGGUCUUCUUUCAUCUUUACCUUAUGUAUCAUUUGUUAUCUGUUGCAUCUUCUUUGGAUAUUUUUCUGACGUUCUUGUAAAUAAAAAUAUUCUGACAAUGAAAAAUGUUAGAAGACUUAGUAACUCUGUGGGAACUCUGGGCCCAGGACUAUGUAUAGUAUUAGUGUCGUAUACUGAAAACGUGACAUUAGCCGUAAUCUGUUUUGUGGCGGGUCUUGGAGCGCAGUCUGCCAUGCAUACGGGUUGGGUGGUUAACUACAUCGAUCUAUCGCCUAAUUAUAGUGGUGCACUAAUGGCUAUCGGAAAUGGUUUAGCCAACUUUUGUGUCUUAGUACUACCAAUACUGGUUUCUAAUAUUGUCAAAGACGUGACCAAUCAAAUUCAGUGGAGAAUUACGAUGUUUUUAAUAGGAAGCGUAAUGAUCCUUGGGAACAUCAUAUUUGUCAUCUUCCUAUCGACUGAUGUACAACCCUGGAACGAAAGAGGAUAUACAGAUUCUAAAGAUAACAAACUGAAGAACGAAAAGGAAGUACUCAAAAGUAACUCAUAAUGUUUAGGGGAAAUACCUCCAAGGAUUGAUAUUAAUAUGAAAAUAUGUAUCUGUAUUGUAAAAAUAAAAUGAUUUUUAAUAAUUUAUGUUGAUAUAUGAAACGUACUCUAUAGAGUGUAUAUUAAUAUUGUUUAUUAUAUUAAUUAAUUAUAAGUUUCUUCGCUCGUACUGAUAAGUUAUGGAAAUGCUUAUAAACUAAUACACCUGAUCAUUUGUGUAAACUAUUCAUGCGUUAUUGAAAUGAAUCUUUAGAGAAUGGAACAUGAAUACCAUACAACAAGAGACUAAUUAAAUUAUUUACAAUCUUGAGAUUCCAAUACUUCAAAACAAAUAUAAUUUAAAAAUUUCUACCUGCAGCAGCGUACCAGAUAAUUAAUUUAAUUAUUAAUUUGUAUUUGAAGACAAAUAUUACGAAUUUAUAAUAGAUUUUAUAACCGUAGAAUUAUUCUAGCGUAGUACUUAGUAGCAAUAGAAUAUUUCGUUCAUUACACUAUUCUAAUGACUUAAUUAAUAUUAUAGUGAGAUUUCUAAGUUUCGUCACACCGUUUAACUAGUAGUGCGUUGUGCGGUGUUUUUUUUAUAAAAACGUCGCUUUAGCAGUGACGUUUGAAAUAUUUAAAAUACAGUCACAUUUAAAACAAGUAAAUGUAACUUAAAGAUUAUCUAAUUGAGGCAAUAAUUUCAUUUUAUUUAAUAACCUUUAAUAGCUUUUUAAAAUAACGGUUAACCCAACAAUCAUGCAACUGAGUAACAGGAAAAAUCAAACUUUGCAUAAAAUAUAAUCUGACUUUCUUUUUGAAUAAAGACGCUUUCUUAAAACAAGCCUCUUUUCCUGAAAUAAAUAUUUGUGGGGAUUUGCGAGCCAAGAGCGAGUUCUAUGCAAAUUUAAAUACAUAGCCAGUUAGAGUUAAGAUUUAUUUAAUUUCCUUUAUGUUUAUGCAAUAUUUGCAUUAGGCUUAUUAUUUAUACUCUACAUGCAUAAAUCUAUUUAUUAAGCAAUAUUUGAAGGUCAACAUUAUAAGCGACGUCGUGGCACUUUUGAUUAGUGAAUAAUAAGCCGCGCGUAAUGUUGCGCGACAAGUGAUGCAUUUCAAAUAUUGCUAAACGAAUCAAUACAUUUUUCUAAAUAAAUGAAUUCAAACUAUUCGUUGAGAUUGAAAGAAAAAUUGAGAGAAAAAGAAUACAGUUGAAGUUUAUGCUUAUACGUAUAUACCCUUGCCUAAAUAUACGAGUAGACACUUCAUAUAGCAAUUAAUGGCAGGUAACUGAUAAAACUUGGUACAUUCCUUUUCUAAGAACAUAAAGGCUUAUCCAUUUGAAGUAAUACCUAGCCUAAUGUAUGAAUGUUGCGAUUUGUUUCACUUCUAAGGUUGAACCUUGUAGACAUUUUUACGAAGCCAUGCUUUAAUACAAAAAAAUCUUAUUUUU